AUGGUCACAGCCUCAGUUCUGGAGAGAUGCCGCGAUACGGAUGAAGAAGCCAAGGCACAGCGUACAUCGGCGAAACCAGCUACGAGGAAGCAGGCGUUUCCCAAUGCCAACGCAGCGACAGCUCCUCCAUCAGCGGAUCAGCGUGGACAUAGCGUGAAGAACUGCCCAUCGAAGAAGUCGUGCUCCAAGUGCAACAAGCGGCACCACACCCUGCUCCAUUUGGAAGGUGGUGCAAUCUCGUCGCAGCCUGCGAAUGAAAAUUCAGCGAAUGGAGUUCCAGGAUCAGCCCAACCAACGGCGUCGGCUGUCAGACAGCAGUCGGCCGAGAACCAGCCAUCAGUGACAGCAGCGCAUUCCAACAACCCGGUGAACCCAGCGAGCCAGGUGGUGUUGCUCACUGCCCUUGUCAACGUUAUGGACCAUCAACAGCGGCCUCGUGUGUGCAAAGCCCUGCUAGACUGCGGAUCUCAGUUUACUGGUCAGGUUCCGUCGGUUAAGAUAAAUUUGGAGAAUUGGGAACUUCCUCAAGGUCUCAGGCUGGUUGAUCCAUCCUUCCAUGAACCUAGCCACGUUGAUUUGCUCAUUGGAAUUUACUGGUUCUAUGACAUUAUGAAACCAGGGUGUUUGAAAAUAGACGAUAAUCUCCCUAGUUUUCACGAUUCUAAACUUGGUUGGUUAGUCGGGGGCAAGUUGCUUGACUGUUCUUCCAAUCUUGUGCUGAAUUCCUGUGCCGUUCGAAUUGACCCCAUUGAAGAACUAGUGCAGAAAUUUUGGGAAGUUGAAGGUGUGUCUUCGGAGGUGGUUCUGUCCAGUGAGGAAGAGCAGUGUGAAUCGCAAUUCGCAUCAACCCAUCGUCGAGACGACAGCGGUCGUUUCAUCGUUCACCUCCCAUUGAAGGACAACGCAUCUCAACUAUCGGAUUCCCGUACCAUGGCAUUGCGACGAUUUUUUAUGUUGGAGUCUAAACUACAACGUCAUCCAGAUUUAAAAGCCCAGUACGAUGCCUUCAUGGACGAGUACGAAUCUCUUGGGCACUGCCGGGAGGUCCAAGAACGCGACGAUCCUUCUGGAGUUCUGAAGUGGUAUCUUCCCCACCAUGCCGUCCUCCGCCCAUCGAACGCAACUACAAAAUGCCGGGUGGUAUUCGACGCAUCUGCAAAGGUGGCCGGAUUGUCCCUCAACGAUGUUUUGAUGACCGGAUACAACGUUCAGAGCGAUUUGUUGUCUAUCAUCCUACGGUUCCGGAGGUAUCGAUACGUUAUGAGCGCCGAUGUAGCCAAAAUGUACCGCCAGGUUGCCGUAGAUCCCGCUUUCACUCCACUACAACGGAUUUUUUGGAGAAAGUCGCCCCAAGACCCACUACGUGUUCUCGAACUAACUACUGUGACGUACGGAACGGCCUCAGCCCCUUUCUUGGCCACGCGAUCUCUGCUGCAACUUGCACGGGAUGAACGAGAAACCUUUCCGCUCGCUUCCGCCGUUGUCGAGAAAAAUGUCUACAUAGACGAUGCUCUUUUUGGUUCCGACGAUUUCCUACAAGCAUGUGAGCUUCGAGAUCAGCUGAUAGCCUUGCUCCAGUCCGGUGGAAUGCACCUUCACAAGUGGUCAUCCAACACUAGUCAGCUCCUAUCGCCCAUUCCCAGUGAAGAUCGAGACAGCUGCGCAUCUUUCAGCGAAAGUGGCCUCAACGAGGUCAUCAAAACCUUGGGAUUGAUGUGGAAUCCUUCCACAGACGAGUUCUUGUUCCGAUCAUCCCUUUCAGAAAAGGCCAGCAGACCCACCAAGCGUCAAGUCCUGUCCAAGAUUGCCAAGAUUUACGAUCCGCUCGGACUUAUUUCUCCAGUGGUGGUACUGGCAAAAAUAGUCAUGCAGAAAUUGUGGAUCAGCAAGCUGAAUUGGGAUGAUCCGUUAGACGAUACCCUCCUGAACGAGUGGGAGAACUUUCUGAUGUCACUGCCAACUUCGGAGCAAAUUCGCAUUCCACGCCAUGUGUUAUCGAACAAAGCGGUGCGGUACGAAUUGCACGGAUUCGCGGACGCGUCCCAGAAGGCGUAUGGGGCAUGCGUGUAUGUUCGCUCAAUAUUCCCUGAUGGCACCGCAUCGACGAAGUUGGUCAGCGCUAAGUCUAAAAUUGCACCGAUUUCACCCCUGACAAUCCCUCGAAAGGAAUUACUAGCAGCCCUUCUUUUGUCAAGAUUGAUUAGUAAGGUCGAAGCAGCGUUGGAGAUGAGCUUCAGUUCCAUCGUUCUCUGGUCGGAUAGUCAAGUUGUAUUGGCAUGGUUGCGCAAACCGCUUGGCAAUCUCCAAACCUUCGUCCGCCACAGAGUUACAGAGAUCACAUCGAAUACUAGUCACGUUUGGAAAUAUGUUCGCACGGAUCAGAACCCCGCCGAUACUGUAUCUCGAGGACAGUCUGCAAGAGAGUUAGCUAACAACGAGCAAUGGUGGAAUGGUCCUCAGAUUUUGUACUUCGUGGAUUACUCAGAAGAGCAGCCACAGUCACUCCAAGAUUGCGAAAUUCCCGAACUCAGGGUUGAGCUAGCUGCACUGUCGGUCAUGAACUACGAGGAAUUCCCUGUGUUGACAAAGUUUGCUUCGUUCCGGAAAUGCCAACGGAUUGUUGCCUACAUGCUACGCUUCAUUUCGAACGCUCGAAAGAGGCAGGCCGACCGGCAGCACCGGUUUGAUAAACGACGUCCAUCGAGAGAAUCACCAUGCCGGAAACUCCAUGGUACAAUACCUUUUGCGACAACAUUUCUGGUUGAUCAACGCGAGAUCGACAAUUCGAAAGGUGCUGAGAACCUGCGUUACCUGCUUCAGGACGAAUCCUAUUACAAUUGA